UCGAAAGCCAUAACAUGGUCAAUCAAUGGAGCUAUGUCUUCCUGCUCAUUUCGCUGGCAUCGCUGCAGUCCUCCCUUGGAAAGCCCAUGGGCACAGUUAUAGACUUGGAUGCCUACUUUGAGGACGCGGAUGGCAGCUCGCAGGAGCGCGUGGUGGGCGGCUACGAUGUGCCCGAUGAUGAGUAUGUGCCCUACCAGGUAUCGAUGCAGUUUCUCACGAAGAGUGGGAAGAUGCGCCACUUCUGCGGUGGCUCCCUGAUCGCCCCCAACAGAGUCCUAACGGCGGCACACUGCGUCAAUGGACAGAAUGCGAGCAGGAUUAGUGUGGUGGCAGGCAUUCGGGACCUCAACGACGACAGCGGCCAACGCGCCCAGGUGCAAUCGUACGAGAUGAACGAGAACUACGUGGAGUUGGUGACCAGCGACAUAGCUAUACUGAAAAUCGAUCCUCCCUUCGAGAUGGACGACAAACGCGUUAGCACCAUCGAUGUGAGCAGCAGUGACCUGGUCGGAGCCGAUCAGGAGGUGAUGCUCACUGGCUGGGGAUCUGUUUUUCAUUUCGGCACCGGACCCUUUGCCAAGUAUCCAACCAUACUGCAGAAGCUGUCCUACAAGACGCUAGACAAUGCUAAAUGCAAGGAGACUAUGACGCAGCUGACGGAUACGGAGAUUUGUGCUCUGGAAAGGUUUGGCAAGGGCGCCUGCAACGGCGAUUCGGGUGGACCUUUGGUCAUGGCUAACGGCGACUCUCUUAAGCAGGUGGGCGUCGUCUCAUAUGGCACCGCUUUCUGCGCCUCCAACAGCCCCGAUGUCUACACUCGCGUCUCCAUGUUUAAUGCUUGGAUCAAGGAGCGCAUGGCCUAGGCCG